AAAUUUAAUGAAUAACAAGGGAAGAAUUCACGACUUUUUAAUUUUUUUAACAUUUUUUAGUAACUUCUUUUACGAUUCUUUUACGAUAAAUAUAGUGUAUAUAUAUAAACGUUUAUGCAAAUGUAAAAUUUCAAUUAUGUAUUCCUGGUUGCUUUGGGUUACGAGAAUAACGCACAGGAUUCAUGAGUAGCUCUUGUAUCCAGUUUGAUCAAUGAAGUGAUGUUGACAAAUAAAGUUCUGGUAUCUAUUAAGAUUUUAUCAAUCGUUUGACAUUCAAAAUGGUUAAAUUAAAUACAUCUUUGGUUAAAAAGAAAUGUAUGCAGCAACAAUCAAGUAAAUCUUUGACAAAAGAAAUGGAGAAAGAUCACCUGAAAAAAAUUACGCAUCUUUUCAUGAACGAACAAUGGAUAGAUGAAAUCGACGAUUUUAGUGUUUGCAAAAAUUUGAAAGUUAUUUAUCUUCAAAGAAACUCCAUUGAAAAACUGGAAAAUUUCGAUUUUGCGAAAAACUUAACGCAUCUUUAUCUACAGCACAAUGAAAUCAUGAAAAUUGAAAAUUUAGAUUAUUUGAUCAAUUUAAAAAAACUCUUUUUGGGAUACAACAAUAUCACAGUGAUUGAGGGUUUAGAAAAUUUAACGAAUCUUUCGGAACUUCACAUUGAAAAACAAAGAUUAGCCGUUGGAGAAAGAUUAUGCUUUGAUCCAAGGACUGUCAGAACGUUAUCGGGUUGUCUCGAGUAUUUAAAUAUCUCAGACAACAAAAUUAUUUCUUUGGUCGAUUUACAAAAUUUCGAAAGAUUAAUUACGCUUGAAGCAAAAGAUAACUUAAUCGACGACAUUGAGGACAUAACUGAAAUAGUUAGUAGAUUAUACCGCCUGAAGAAUCUAUUUUUACAAGGGAAUCCGGUAACGAAAGUUCACAGAUAUCGAGAAAAUCUUAUUGCAAACAGUUAUUCCUUAACUACGUUAGAUGAAAAGUUAAUCACGGAUAACACAAAGAAUUUCUUACAAAAAUUCAAGUCGGAAAAACUUCAACAAUCACGAAAAAAAGUAGAAAUGACUUUAAGCGAAGAUAUCACUAGCUCAUUGAAUUUACCACCAGCUUUCAGAAGAUCGGUUUCAAGGGCAAUGUUUCAAAAUAUUAAUCCGAAAUUUUCAUUCUCAGGAAUUUCUAUAGUAGGGGAUUCACAACCGCAAAUUUUUCCGUCAUGGAAAUCAAUACCAACUAUAAAAGCAGAAAGAGAUAAUCACGUUUUGCCGCGACCGUUUUGGAAAAACAAACCUACUGACUCAAAAAACCAAAAAAGCUGUUCGUACAAGCAGAACGUUGCAUUUUCAUCAUAUAUUUAAAAAAUAAAACUUGUAAAAGAGAACAAAUAAAAAGCUGACUAUGUAUAA